AUGUCCCAACUUCGUGCUAUCAUUUGUCCUUCCAUCCUUAACGCAGAUCUAGCCAACUUGGCUGCUGAAUGCAAAAAGUUACUUACUAAUGGAGCUGAUUGGCUUCACCUUGAUGUUAUGGACGGUAACUUCGUCCCCAAUCUUUCUUUCGGACACCCUGUUGUUGAGUCUUUGAGAAAGAGUUUGGGAAGCGAACCUUUCUUUGAUGUUCAUUUGAUGGUUAGUGACCCCAAAUUUUGGAUUGAACCAAUGGCAACUGCUGGAGCCAACCAGUUCACAUUCCACUUGGAAGCUGCCGAGGCUAGAGGAGGUGAGGCUGAAAUUAGAACUAUCAUCGAACAGAUUAAACGUCAUCAAAUGAAAGUCGGUAUUGCUAUAAAGCCUAAAACUGCAGUCGAAGAACUUUUGAAGUAUGCUCCAGAUAUCGAUACAGCUCUUGUUAUGACAGUUGAACCUGGGUUCGGUGGGCAAUCUUUCAUGACUGACAUGAUGGAUAAAGUGCGUACUAUCCGUGCCAAAUAUCCCAGUCUGGACAUUCAGGUAGAUGGAGGAGUCUCGUCUUCAAAUAUCGAGGUUUCUGCCAAAGCGGGCGCCAACCUCAUUGUCUCUGGAACUGGAGUUAUCAGAGCACCAGAUCAAGCCAAGGCUAUGAAAGACAUGAAACAGUGUGUUUUGGAUGCUAUUAAGACAGGCUUCUAA